AUGGCUGAAAUAAAUAGUGAAGAUGAUGAAGUGGUUCUGCAGUGUACUGCUACUGUUUACAAGGAACAACAGAAAUUGUGUCUUGCUGCAGAAGGAUUUGGCAACAGGCUCUGCUUCUUGGAAUCAACUUCUAAUUCCAAGAAUGUUCCUCCGGAUCUCUCCAUCUGUACUUUUGUUCUGGAGCAAUCAUUGUCAGUCAGAGCUCUCCAAGAAAUGCUGGCUAACACAGAGGAGAAAGCAGAAGGGCUAGUUGAUGUGGAAAAAUGGAAAUUUAUGAUGAAGACUGCUCAAGGUGGUGGUCAUAGAACUCUCCUCUAUGGACAUGCAAUAUUACUGCGCCAUUCUUACAGUGGCAUGUAUCUGUGUUGUCUCUCCACAUCACGAACAUCAAUGGAUAAAUUGGCUUUUGAUGUAGGUUUGCAAGAUGAUACCACAGGGGAAGCCUGCUGGUGGACUAUACAUCCUGCUUCCAAACAGCGUUCAGAAGGAGAAAAAGUGCGUGUUGGGGAUGAUCUCAUCCUUGUCAGUGUCUCUUCAGAAAGAUACUUGCAUUUAUCUUAUGGCAACAGCAGCUUGCGUGUGGAUGCAGCUUUCCAGCAAACACUUUGGAGUGUUGCCCCAAUCAGUUCCGGAAGUGAAGUAGCUCAAGGCUAUCUAAUAGGAGGUGAUGUAUUGAGGUUAUUACAUGGUCAUAUGGAUGAAUGCCUGACAGUUCCUUCAGGAGAACAUGGAGAAGAGCAGAGAAGAACUGUCCAUUAUGAAGGUGGUGCUGUGUCAAUUCAUGCUCGUUCUCUUUGGCGACUGGAAACUUUGAGGGUUGCAUGGAGUGGAAGUCACAUUAGAUGGGGGCAGCCAUUCAGAUUAAGACAUAUAACAACAGGGAAAUAUUUAAAUCUCAUGGAUGAUAAGAGUCUCCUUUUAACAGACAAAGAAAAAGCUGAUGUGAAAUCUACAGCAUUUUGUUUUCGAUCUUCCAAGGAGAAAUUAGAUUUAGGGAUAAGAAAAGAAGUGGAUGGCAUGGGAACCCCAGAAAUAAAGUAUGGAGAUUCAGUCUGCUUUAUACAGCAUGUAGAUACAGGUUUGUGGCUUACCUACCAAUCAGUGGAUGCCAAGUCUGUAAGAAUGGGAUCUGUGCAGCGAAAGGCCAUCAUGCACCAUGAGGGCCAUAUGGAUGAUGGAUUGACAUUAUCCAGAUCUCAGCAUGAAGAAUCACGUACAGCACGAGUAAUUCGUAGCACUGUCUUUCUUUUCAACAGGUUCAUAAGGAGCCUUGAUGCUGUCAGCAAGAAAGCUAAGUCUUCCAUAGUUGAUUUACCCAUUGAAUCAGUCAGCCUUAGCCUUCAGGACUUGAUUGGUUACUUCCACCCACCAGAUGAGCACUUAGAGCAUGAAGACAAACAGAACCGACUAAGAGCUCUGAAGAAUCGACAAAAUCUCUUCCAAGAAGAGGGUAUGAUCAAUUUAGUACUUGAAUGUAUUGAUCGCUUACAUGUGUACAGCAGUGCAGCUCAUUUUGCUGAUGUAGCUGGAAAGGAAGCAGGAGAAACUUGGAAAUCUAUUCUAAAUUCACUGUAUGAAUUAUUAGCGGCUUUGAUUAGAGGGAAUCGUAAAAAUUGUGCUCAGUUCUCUGGAUCUCUUGAUUGGCUGAUUAGUAGGCUGGAGAGAUUGGAAGCAUCUUCUGGAAUUCUUGAAGUAUUACACUGUGUGUUGGUGGAAAGUCCAGAAGCAUUGAAUAUUAUUAAAGAAGGACAUAUUAAAUCAAUCAUUUGUCUUUUGGACAAACAUGGCAGAAACCAUAAGGUAUUAGAUGUUCUUUGUUCAUUGUGUGUAUGUCAUGGAGUAGCUGUGCGAUCCAAUCAACAUUUGAUCUGUGAUAAUCUUCUGCCAGGGAGAGAUCUUCUUCUUCAAACUCGCCUUGUCAAUCAUGUGAGCAGCAUGAGACCAAAUAUUUUCCUUGGAAUCAACGAGGGCUCUGCUCAAUACAGGAAAUGGUAUUACGAAUUAAUGGUUGAUUAUGUGGAGCCAUUUACAACAGCAGAAGCUACUCACCUUCGUGUAGGUUGGGCAUCAACAGAAGGCUAUUCACCAUAUCCUGUGGGUGGAGAAGAAUGGGGUGGCAAUGGUGUUGGUGAUGACUUAUAUUCUUAUGGUUUUGAUGGACUUCAUCUAUGGUCAGGUUGUGUAGCAAAAUCAGUCAAUUCUCCUAAUCAUCAUCUACUCAGGACUGAUGAUGUCAUCAGCUGUUGCCUUGAUCUGAGUGCUCCAAGCAUUUCAUUCCGAAUAAAUGGGCAGCCAGUGCAGGGAAUGUUUGAGAAUUUCAACACAGAUGGUCUUUUCUUUCCGGUUGUCAGCUUUUCAGCAGGGAUAAAAGUACGAUUUUUGCUUGGAGGCCGCCAUGGGGAAUUUAAAUUUCUUCCCCCUCCAGGAUAUGCUCCAUGUUUUGAAGCUAUUCUGCCCAAAGAAAAGUUAAAAGUGGAACCCAGCAGGGAAUAUAAACAAGAUUGCAAUUGCUCAAGGGAUCUCUUGGGACCAAAUAUCUCUUUGUCACAAGCAGCAUUCACUCCAGUACCUGUUGAUACCAGUCAGAUUGUAUUACCUCCACAUCUGGAAAGAAUCAGAGAAAAACUAGCUGAGAAUAUCCAUGAACUUUGGGUGAUGAAUAAAAUCGAACUUGGAUGGCAGUAUGGACCAAUUAGAGAUGACAACAAGCGACAGCAUCCCUGUUUGGUAGAGUUUGCUAAACUGCCUGAACAAGAACGGAAUUAUAAUCUUCAGAUGUCACUAGAAACAUUAAAAACAUUGCUGGCAUUAGGUUGUCAUGUUGGAAUUGCUGAUGAACAUGCUGAAGAAAAGGUGAAGAAACUAAAACUUCCCAAAAAUUAUCUAUUAUUGAGUGGAUAUAAACCUGCUCCUAUGGAUCUAAGUUGUAUCAAGUUGACUCCAUCUCAGGAAUCCAUGGUUGAUAAACUUGCAGAGAAUGCUCACAAUGUAUGGGCAAGAGAUCGUAUAAGACAGGGUUGGACAUAUGGAAUUCAACAGGAUGUGAAGAACCGUCGAAAUCCUCGCCUUGUCCCCUAUACACUUCUAGAUGAUCGCACUAAGAAAUCAAACAAAGAUAGUCUCCGGGAAGCAGUUCGUACUCUCAUUAGCUAUGGAUAUAACCUUGAAGCUCCAGAUCAAGACCAUGCUGCAAGGCCAGAUGUGCUUGAUGGCAUGAUAGAAAGGUUCAGGAUUUUCCGAACAGAAAAAACAUAUGCUGUAAAAACUGGGAAGUGGUACUUUGAAUUUGAGGCAGUAACUGCUGGAGAUAUGAGAAUUGGCUGGGCCAGACCAGGUUGUCAGCCAGAGCAAGAGCUUGGCUCAGAUGAUCAAGCAUUUGUAUUUGAUGGUUUCAAGGCCCAGAGAUGGCACCAGGGAAAUGAGCAUUUUGGCCGUACUUGGCUAACAGCAGAUAUUGUGGGAUGCAUGGUAGAUCUGAAUGAGCACACCAUGAUGUUUACGCUAAAUGGUGAAAUCCUUCUUGAUGACUCAGGUUCUGAACUUGCAUUUAAAGAUUUUGAGGUUGGUGAUGGCUUUAUACCUGCCUGUAGCCUGGGAUUGUCACAGGUGGGCAGAAUGAACUUUGGCAAAGAUGUUAGCACUUUGAAAUAUUUCACUAUUUGUGGCUUACAAGAAGGCUAUGAACCUUUUGCUGUGAAUACAAAUCGUGACAUUACUAUAUGGCUGAGCAAGAGAUUACCUCAGUUUCUUCCAGUACCAGCAAAUCAUGAACAUAUUGAGGUUACAAGGAUUGAUGGAACUGCAGAUAGUUCACCAUGCUUGAAAGUCACACAGAAGUCCUUUGGAUCUCAAAAUAGCAAAACAGACAUCAUGUUUUAUCGUCUAAGCAUGCCCAUUGAAUGUGCAGAAGUGUUUUCUAAAAUGCCUGGAGGAGGAAUGCCAAAUUCUAAUCUUUUUGGCCCAAAGAGUGAUUUGGAUGAUUAUGAUGCAGAUUCUGAUUUUGAAGUUCUCAUGAAGACUGCUCAUGGUCAUCUUGUACCUGACCGUGGGGAAAAAGAAGCUGCAAAAUCUGAGUUCAAUAACCACAAAGAUUAUACACAAGAGAAACCUUCACGCCUCAAGCAAAGAUUUAUGCUGAAAAGGACGAAGCCAGACUAUAGCACAAGCCAUUCUGCAAGACUGACUGAAGAUGUCCUAGCAGAUGAAAGAGAUGAUUAUGAUUAUCUAAUGCAAACCUCUACAUAUUAUUACUCUGUACGUAUAUUUCCUGGACAAGAACCUGCUAAUGUUUGGGUAGGCUGGAUUACAUCUGAUUUCCAUCAAUAUGAUACAAGCUUUGAUUUGGACAGAGUCCGUACUGUUACAGUAACCCUAGGAGAUGAAAAAGGGAAAGUUCAUGAGAGUAUUAAACGAAGCAACUGCUAUAUGGUAUGUGCCGGAGAAAGCAUGAGUCCAGGGCAAGGACGCAAUAAUAAUGGAUUAGAGAUUGGUUGCUUAGUUGAUGCUGCAACUGGUAUCCUAUCCUUCACUACCAAUGGCAAAGAGUUAAGCACUUAUUAUCAGGUGGAGCCAAGUACUAAAUUAUUCCCUGCAGUAUUUGCACAAGCCACAAGCCCAAACGUUUUCCAAUUUGAGUUGGGACGAAUAAAGAAUGUAAUGCCGUUGUCAGCUGGCUUGUUCAAAAGCGAGCACAAAAAUCCACUUCCUCAAUGUCCACCUCGUCUCCAUGUUCAGUUUUUGACCCAUGUUCUUUGGAGCAGAGUACCAAAUCAGUUUCUGAAGAUUGAUAUAUCACGGAUCAAUGAACGGCAGGGCUGGUCAAUGCAGUGCCUGGAGUCUUUGCAGUUCAUGUCCCUUCACAUUCCAGAGGAAAACAGGUCUAUAGAUAUUUUAGAACUGUCAGAACAAGAAGAACUGCUAAAGUUUCAUUAUCAUACUCUCAGGCUAUACUCAGCAGUUUGUGCUCUUGGGAAUAACAGAGUUGCACAUGCUAUGUGCAGCCAUGUUGAUGAAUCUCAGCUUCUCUAUGCAAUUGAGAACAAAUACAUGCCAGGCUUGUUACGUGCGGGCUAUUAUGAUCUUCUCAUUGAUAUUCACCUUAAUAGCUAUGCCACUGCAAGGUUGAUGAUGAACAAUGAAUUCAUUGUCCCAAUGACAGAUGAGACUAAAAGCAUUACUUUGUUUCCUGAUGAACACAAAAAACAUGGCCUACCAGGUAUCGGGCUUAGUACAUCUUUACGACCCAGAAUACAGUUUUCUUCUCCCAGUUUUGUGAGAAUUAAUAGUGAGUGCUACCAAUAUAGUCCUGAAUUUCCUUUAGAAAUUUUAAAGUCUAAAACCAUAGAGAUGUUGACAGAAGCAGUUCAGGAGGGUAGCCUACAUGUCAGAGAUCCAGUAGGUGGUACUACAGAAUUUCUGUUUGUUCCUUUGAUCAAGCUUUUUUAUACCCUUCUUAUAAUGGGAGUCUUCCACAAUGAAGAUCUGAAGCAUAUCUUGCAGCUCAUUGAGACCAGUGUGUUUAAAGAAGAUAAAGGCCAUGAAGAUAAAACUCGAAUAUUAGCAAAGGAACUAGUUACAGAAAGUCUAAAUUUAGAAACAGCUGUGGAUAAAAUCAGAAGAGAGAAGGUUCCAGAAGAAGGACUUCUUCAAAUGAAGCUUCCUGAGCCCGUCAAAUUACAGAUGUGCCAUUUACUCCAAUAUCUGUGUGACUUCCAGAUACGCCACAGAAUAGAAGCCAUUGUAGCAUUUUCAGAUGAUUUUGUAGCAAAACUUCAAGAAAAUCAGCGUUUCCGAUAUAAUGAAGUUAUGCAGGCUUUAAAUAUGUCUGCAGCUCUGACAGCCAAGAAAACGAAAGAAUUUCGAUCCCCACCACAGGAGCAGAUCAACAUGCUGCUGAAUUUUAAGGAUGAUAAAAAUGAUUGUCCUUGUCCUGAAGAAAUCAGGGAUCAUCUCCUGGAUUUUCAUGAAGAUCUGAUGGCACAUUGCGGUAUUCAGCUUGACGAAGAUGGAAUUCUAGAUGGAAACAGUGAUUUAACUAUUAAAGGUCGCCUGCUAUAUCUUGUAGAAAGAGUCACACACUUGAAAAAGAAACAAGCAGAGAAGCUAGUUGAUGAUAAUAACAAGAAACCAUCAACUCUCCAACAGCUGAUAUCAGAAACUAUGGUACGUUGGGCUCAAGAAUCUGUAAUAGAAGACCCAGAGUUGGUGAGAGCCAUGUUUGUUUUGCUACACCGCCAAUAUGAUGGGGUUGGUGGCCUAGUUCGAGCCAUGCCCAAGACAUAUACUAUAAAUGGUGUAUCAGUGGAAGAUACCAUCAACUUGCUUGCAUCUCUUGGCCAGAUCCGUUCUCUCCUCAGUGUUAGAAUGGGCAAAGAAGAAGAGAAACUUAUGAUUCGUGGAUUAGGGGACAUUAUGAACAAUAAAGUUUUUUAUCAGCAUCCUAAUCUUAUGAGGGCAUUGGGGAUGCAUGAGACGGUCAUGGAAGUAAUGGUGAAUGUACUUGGAGGAGGAGAAUCAAAGGAAAUCACCUUUCCUAAGAUGGUGGCAAACUGCUGUCGUUUUCUAUGUUAUUUUUGCCGCAUCAGCAGACAGAAUCAGAAAGCUAUGUUCGACCAUCUAAGCUAUCUUUUGGAAAACAGCAGUGUUGGCCUUGCUUCUCCUUCCAUGCGUGGAUCAACACCUUUAGAUGUUGCAGCAGCAUCGGUAAUGGAUAAUAAUGAGCUUGCACUGGCUUUAAGAGAACCUGAUUUAGAGAAGGUAGUCCGCUACUUGGCUGGCUGUGGUUUGCAGAACUGUCCUUUACUAAUUUCUAAAGGCUAUCCAGAUAUUGGAUGGAACCCAGUUGAAGGAGAACGAUACCUGGAUUUCCUUCGUUUUGCUGUUUUUUGCAAUGGUGAGAGUGUUGAAGAAAAUGCUAAUGUGGUGGUCAGACUACUCAUUCGACGGCCUGAAUGUUUUGGACCAGCACUGAGAGGUGAAGGUGGAAAUGGCUUGCUUGCUGCAAUGGAAGAAGCCAUAAACAUAUCAGAAGAUCCUACAAGAGAUGGCCCUUCAUCAGCUAAUGGAUCCACUAAAACAUCAAGUGAAGUAGAAGAGGAUGAUACAGUUCACAUGGGAAAUGCCAUCAUGACUUUUUAUGCUGCUCUGAUUGAUCUCUUGGGACGCUGUGCUCCAGAAAUGCAUCUCAUCCAUGCUGGCAAAGGGGAAGCCAUUAGAAUCAGAUCUAUUCUGAGGUCCUUGAUUCCUUUGGAGGACUUGGUGGGUGUAAUUAGCAUUCCUUUUCACAUGCCAACAAUAGCAAAAGAUGGCAAUGUUGUAGAACCUGAUAUGUCAGGCGGAUUUUGCCCUGAUCACAAGGCAGCGAUGGUAUUGUUUCUUGACAGGGUCUAUGGAAUUGAAGACCAAGAUUUUCUUCUACAUCUAUUAGAAGUUGGCUUUCUACCAGAUCUUCGUGCAGCUGCUUCUUUAGAUACGGUUGCCCUGAGUGCCACAGAUAUGGCCCUGGCUCUCAAUCGGUAUCUUUGCACUGCAGUUUUGCCUUUAUUAACAAGAUGUGCUCCUCUUUUUGCUGGAACAGAACAUCAUGCUUCCCUUAUAGAUUCCUUGCUACAUACUGUAUAUCGGCUUUCCAAAGGCUGUUCUCUUACCAAAGCUCAGCGGGAUUCUAUUGAAGAGUGCCUACUCUCCAUUUGUGGUCAGCUAAGACCUUCAAUGAUGCAACAUUUGUUGAGAAGAUUAGUAUUUGAUAUCCCUCUUCUAAAUGAACAUGCCAAAAUGCCUCUUAAGUUGCUGACAAUUCAUUAUGAAAGAUGUUGGAAAUAUUACUGUUUACCAGGAGGGUGGGGCAACUUUGGCGCUGCAUCAGAAGAAGAACUUCAUUUGUCCAGAAAGCUAUUCUGGGGUAUUUUUGAUGCCUUAUCUCAAAAGAAAUAUGAACAAGAACUAUUCAAAUUAGCACUGCCAUGCUUGAGUGCUGUAGCUGGGGCUUUACCUCCUGAUUACAUGGAAUCAAAUUAUGUUGCUGUUUUGGAAAAACAGGCUUCCAUGGAUUCAGAUGGGAACUUCAAUCCACAGCCUGUUGAUACUUCAAACAUUACAAUUCCUGAAAAACUAGACUACUUUAUAAACAAAUAUGCUGAACAUUCUCACGAUAAAUGGUGCAUGGAAAAGUUUGCAAAUGGGUGGAUAUAUGGUGAAACAUGUUCAGAAUCUUCCAAAGUGCAGCCAUUAAUGAAACAAUAUAAACUAUUAUCAGAAAAGGAAAAAGAAAUUUAUAGAUGGCCAAUCAAAGAGUCUCUGAAAACCAUGCUUGCUUGGGGAUGGCGAGUUGAAAGAACAAGGGAAGGAGAUACUAUGGCUCUUUAUAAUCGUUCACGUCGGAUAUCACAGACAAGUCAGGUUUCUGUAGAUACAGUCCAUGGCUAUAGCCCCCGUGCAAUUGACAUGAGUAAUGUUACCCUGUCCAGAGAAUUACAUGCAAUGGCUGAGAUGAUGGCUGAAAAUUAUCAUAACAUAUGGGCGAAGAAGAAGAAAAUGGAGCUUGAAGCCAAAGUGGGAGGAGGAAAUCAUCCCCUACUUGUACCCUAUGAUACAUUGACAGCCAAAGAAAAAGCAAAAGAUAGAGAGAAAGCCCAAGAUAUUCUGAAGUUCCUCCAGAUUAAUGGCUAUGUUGUGUCCAGAGGCUUAAAGAAUUUAGAAUUAGACACACCAUCCAUUGAAAAAAGAUUUGCUUACAGUUUUCUGCAGCAAUUGAUACGAUAUGUAGAUGAAGCCCAUCAGUAUAUUCUGGAAUUUGAUGGCGUCAGCAGAGGAAAAGGAGAACAGUUUCCUUAUGAACAAGAAAUCAAAUUCUUCGCUAAAGUUGUACUUCCUUUAAUUGAUCAGUAUUUCAAAAAUCACCGCCUGUAUUUCCUAUCUGCAGCAAGCAGACCUCUGAGCAGUGGGGGUCAUGCUUCUAACAAGGAGAAAGAAAUGGUAACCAGCCUAUUCUGCAAACUUGGAGUUCUUGUCAGGCAUAGGAUUUCACUGUUUGGAAAUGAUGCAACUUCAAUAGUCAAUUGUCUUCAUAUCUUGGGUCAAACCUUGGAUGCAAGGACAGUGAUGAAGACAGGUUUGGAAUCUGUUAAGAUGGCUUUGAGAACAUUUUUGGAUAAUGCUGCAGAGGACCUGGAAAAAACAAUGGAAAAUCUUAAGCAGGGGCAAUUCACACACACCAGGAGUCAGCCAAAAGGAGUAACACAAAUUAUUAACUACACAACAGUGGCUCUCCUACCAGUAUUGUCUUCAUUAUUUGAGCACAUUGGACAGCAUCAGUUUGGUGAAGAUUUGAUAUUGGAAGAUGUUCAAAUCUCUUGUUAUAGAAUAUUGGCCAGUUUAUAUGCUUUGGGAACCAGCAAGAGUAUCUAUGUGGAACGUCAACGCUCAGCUUUAGGUGAAUGUUUAGCUGCUUUUGCUGGUGCCUUUCCUGUGGCAUUUUUAGAAACUGAUCUGAAUAGUCACAAUAUUUAUUCUAUAUACAAUACGAAGACAACAAGAGCAGGUAUCAGUUUACCUAACAGCGUAAAGGAACUUUGUCCAAAUAUUCCAUCUCUGGAAAAACUAAUGGAAGAAAUUGUAGAAUUAGCUGAAUCGGGCAUUCGCUAUACACAAAUGCCUCAUGUAAUGGAAGUUAUAUUGCCCAUGCUUUGUAGUUACAUGUCACAUUGGUGGGAACAUGGACCAGAAAACAAUCAUAACAAGAGUGAAAUGUGCUGCACAGCAUUGACUUCAGAUGAUAUGAAUACUCUUCUGGGAAACAUUCUAAAAAUCAUACAUAACAAUUUGGGCAUAGAUGAAGGAGCCUGGAUGAAGAGAUUAGCAGUGUUUUCUCAGCCUAUCAUAAGCAAAGUGAAGCCGGAGCUUCUGAAAACACAUUUUCUUCCACUGAUGGAGAAACUGAAGAAAAAAGCAGCUCUGGUGAUCGCUGAUGAAGAACACUUAAGAGCAGAAGGCAGGGGUGAUAUGACUGAGGCAGAACUCCUCAUUCUAGAUGAAUUCACUAUACUUUCCCGGGACCUUUAUGCCUUCUAUCCAUUGUUGAUCAGAUUUGUGGAUUACAACAGAGCAAAAUGGCUCAAAGAGCCCAACCCUGAAGCUGAAGAUUUGUUUCGUAUGGUUGCAGAAGUUUUCAUUUACUGGUCAAAAUCCCAUAAUUUUAAAAGGGAAGAACAGAACUUUGUGGUGCAAAAUGAAAUCAACAAUAUGUCUUUCCUUAUUGCUGACACUAAAUCGAAGAUGUCCAAGACAGCUGUUUCUGAUCAGGAAAGAAAAAAAAUGAAACGGAAAGGGGAUCGUUAUUCAACUCAGACCUCUCUAAUUGUGGCUGCAUUAAAAAGAUUGCUUCCUAUUGGACUAAAUAUUUGUGCACCUGGUGACCAAGAAUUAAUUGCCCAGGCAAAAAAUCGAUUGAGCAUGAAGGACACCGAGGAUGAAGUUCGAGAUAUUAUUCGCAACAACCUCCAUUUACAGGGCAAGCUUGAAGAUCCUGCAAUUAGAUGGCAGGUGGCCCUUUACAAAGAUCUACCAAACAGAACUGAUAUCACUUCAGAUCCAGAAAAGACUGUGGAACGGGUUCUGGAUAUAGCUAAUGUACUUUUCCAUCUGGAACAGAACUUCUCUAAUCGUGGACGGAAAUGUUUCAGAAUGGUUGAGCAUCCUCAAAGGUCAAAAAAGGCAGUUUGGCAUAAACUCUUGUCGAAACAGAGAAAAAGAGCUGUGGUGGCUUGCUUCAGAAUGGCACCACUAUAUAAUCUUCCACGGCACCGAGCUGUCAAUCUUUUUCUUCAGGGAUAUGAAAAGUCCUGGGUGGAAACAGAAGACCAUUAUUUUGAAGAUACAUUGAUAGAAGACUUAGCAAACAGCUCAAAUGAUAAGUGUAACCUCUUGUUUUUUUCUUUUCUAUAUCACAGUAAAUUGGAUGAAGAUUACUUGUAUAUGGCAUAUGCUGAUAUUAUGGCAAAGAGCUGCCAUGAUGAAGAAGAUAACAAUGAUGGUGAAGAGGAAGUGAAGAGCUUUGAAGUCACAGGAUCCCAACGCAGCAAGGAAAAAGAAAUGGAAAAGCAAAAACUCCUGUACCAGCAAGCAAGACUCCAUGAUCGAGGGGCUGCUGAAAUGGUCCUGCAGACAAUUAGUGCCAGCAAAGGUGAAAUGGGACCAAUGGUUGCAGCCACCCUCAAACUUGGGAUUGCUAUCUUGAAUGGUGGAAAUUCAACUGUUCAGCAGAAAAUGCUUGACUAUCUCAAGGACAAAAAAGACGUAGGCUUCUUUCAGAGCCUUGCUGGUCUUAUGCAGUCUUGCAGUGUUCUUGACCUAAAUGCUUUCGAACGUCAGAAUAAAGCAGAAGGCCUUGGAAUGGUAACAGAAGAAGGAUCAGGGGAAAAGGUGAUGCAGGAUGAUGAAUUUACCUGUGACCUCUUCCGGUUCCUUCAAUUGCUUUGUGAAGGUCAUAAUUCAGGUUUUCAGAAUUACUUGAGAACUCAGACUGGUAAUAAUACAACUGUCAACAUUAUCAUAUCAACUGUGGAUUAUUUAUUGAGAGUUCAGGAAUCAAUUAGUGAUUUCUAUUGGUAUUAUUCUGGAAAGGAAGUUAUCGAUGAACAAGGACAACGUAAUUUCUCUAAAGCUAUUCAAGUUGCAAAGCAGGUGUUCAAUACUCUUACAGAAUAUAUUCAGGGUCCAUGUACAGGUAAUCAACAGAGUCUUGCACACAGCAGACUUUGGGAUGCUGUGGUUGGUUUUCUUCAUGUCUUUGCCCACAUGCAGAUGAAGCUUUCUCAGGAUUCUAGUCAAAUUGAAUUACUGAAAGAGUUAAUGGACCUUCAGAAAGAUAUGGUGGUCAUGCUGCUGUCUAUGUUGGAAGGUAAUGUUGUGAAUGGAACAAUCGGCAAGCAGAUGGUUGACAUGCUGGUGGAAUCGUUCAACAAUGUAGAAAUGAUUCUAAAGUUUUUUGAUAUAUUUCUAAAACUGAAGGAUUUAACUUUCUCUGACGCAUUCAAAGAAUAUGAUCCGGAUGGUAAAGGUAUUAUUUCCAAGAGAGAUUUCCAUAAAGCGAUGGAGAGCCACAAACAUUAUACUCAAUCAGAAACUGAGUUUCUGCUCUCCUGUGCUGAAACAGAUGAGAAUGAAACUUUGGACUAUGAGGAAUUUGUGAAACGGUUUCAUGAGCCAGCUAAGGACAUUGGCUUCAACGUUGCUGUUUUGCUGACCAACUUGUCAGAGCACAUGCCCCAUGAUACGCGACUGCAAACUUUCCUUGAAUUGGCAGAUAGUGUUCUAAACUACUUUCAGCCCUUUUUAGGACGCAUAGAAAUAAUGGGCAGCGCAAAGCGCAUUGAACGAGUUUACUUUGAGAUCAGUGAAUCAAGUCGGACGCAGUGGGAGAAACCUCAGGUUAAAGAGUCAAAGAGGCAGUUUAUUUUUGAUGUAGUAAACGAAGGAGGGGAAAAGGAAAAAAUGGAACUUUUUGUUAAUUUUUGUGAAGAUACCAUCUUUGAAAUGCAGUUGGCUGCUCAGAUCUCAGAAUCAGAUCUGAAUGAGCGGUCUAUGAAUAAAGAAGAAAAUGAAAACGAGAAGCUGGAGGAGCAAGACCCCCGAAUAGGAUUCUUCUCUCUAGUGACCAUCACAUCAGCAUUAAUAGCCCUCAGGCAUAACAUAAUGACUCUGAUGAAAAUGUUAAGCAUGAAAAGUAUAAAGAAGCAAAUGAAGAAGAUGAAAAAAAUGACCAUGAAGGACAUGGUCAUGGCUCUGUUUUCUUCCUACUGGACCAUUUUAAUGGGUUUCAUGCAUUUUUUAUCGAGCGUCUUCAGAGGCUUCUUUCAAAUCAUGUACAGCUUGCUGCUUGGAGGGAGCCUGGUUGAAGGAGCCAAGAAAAUCAAAGUAGCCGAACUUUUAGCUAACAUGCCUGACCCUACUCAGGAUGAAGUCCGUGGUGAUGGAGAAGAAGUAGAAAGGAAGCCAAUUGAAGCUGCUUUGCCUGCAGAAGACCUGACUGAUCUCAAAGCUCUAUCAGAAGAUAGUGACCUCCUCUCAGAUAUUUUUGGCUUAGAUUUAAAACGAGAAGGAGGACAAUAUAAACUAAUUCCACAUAAUCCAAAUGCAGGCUUGAGUGACUUGUUGAGCAGUCCUUCUUUACUCCCUUUACCUGAUGUGCAAGAAAAAGUACAGGACCAGAAGAUGAAUGAAGAUGGAAAAGAUGAAAGGGAAGAUACUAAAUUUGAACAUGAAAAAGCAGAGGGAGAAGAUGGAGAAAAAGAAGAGAAAACAAAAGAAGAUAAGGGAAAGCAGAAACCAAGGCAGUGUCACAAACAUAGGCAUGGUGAACUAGAAUUGCAAGAAUCUGCCUUCUGGAAAAAAAUUAUUGCAUAUCAACAGAAAGUCCUUAAUUAUUUUGCUCGGAAUUUUUACAAUAUGAGGAUGCUGGCUUUAUUUGUUGCAUUUGCCAUUAAUUUCAUCCUUUUGUUUUACAAGGUAUCUACUUCUUCAGUGACAGAAGAAAAGGAAAUACAAGUAGUUAAUACUGCUGAGAAAAUGAAGCUAAACAGCCUAGAAAGUCCUUCUCAUAGAAUCAUCACAGUACACUAUGUCCUUGAAGAAAGCAGUGGCUACAUGGAACCUACACUCCGCAUUUUAGCAAUUUUACACACUGUCAUUUCCUUUUUCUGCAUCAUUGGGUAUUACUGUCUGAAAGUUCCAUUGGUAAUAUUUAAGCGAGAAAAAGAAGUUGCGAGGAAAUUGGAAUUUGAUGGGCUAUAUAUUACAGAACAGCCUUCAGAGGAUGAUAUUAAGGGACAAUGGGACAGACUAGUCAUCAAUACACAGUCUUUUCCUAAUAACUAUUGGGACAAGUUUGUGAAAAGAAAGGUUAUGGAUAAAUAUGGAGAGUUUUAUGGCAAAGACAGAAUCAGUGAAUUGCUGGGAAUGGACAAGGCUGCUCUAGAUUUCAGUGAUGCCCGAGAAAAAAAGAAACCCAAAAAGGAUAGUUCUUUAUCAGCUGUGUUGAAUUCUAUUGAUGUAAAAUAUCAAAUGUGGAAACUAGGUGUUGUUUUCACUGAUAAUUCUUUUCUGUAUCUGGCCUGGUAUAUGACCAUGUCAGUCCUUGGUCAUUACAACAACUUUUUCUUUGCUGCACACCUCCUUGACAUAGCAAUGGGAUUUAAAACAUUACGAACAAUUCUAUCAUCAGUGACCCACAAUGGGAAACAGCUUGUACUAACUGUUGGAUUACUAGCAGUAGUAGUUUAUCUAUACACAGUAGUUGCUUUUAAUUUCUUCCGAAAAUUCUACAAUAAGAGUGAAGAUGGAGAUAUGCCAGAUAUGAAAUGUGAUGAUAUGCUGACGUGCUAUAUGUUUCACAUGUAUGUGGGAGUGCGUGCUGGUGGUGGAAUUGGUGAUGAAAUUGAAGACCCUGCAGGCGAUGAAUAUGAAAUAUAUCGAAUCAUCUUUGAUAUUACAUUUUUCUUUUUUGUAAUUGUUAUUCUACUAGCUAUCAUACAAGGCUUAAUUAUUGAUGCAUUUGGAGAAUUAAGAGAUCAGCAAGAACAAGUUAAAGAAGACAUGGAGACUAAAUGUUUUAUCUGUGGAAUAGGUAAUGAUUAUUUUGAUACAGUGCCACAUGGCUUUGAAACACAUACUCUACAGGAGCACAACUUGGCUAAUUAUCUAUUUUUUCUGAUGUAUCUCAUUAAUAAAGAUGAAACUGAACACACUGGUCAAGAGUCAUAUGUGUGGAAAAUGUAUCAAGAACGAUGCUGGGAAUUUUUUCCUGCUGGUGAUUGUUUUCGAAAGCAGUAUGAAGAUCAACUUAACUAACUGUAAUUAAGGACCAUCCCUUGAGAUUCCAUCAACACCUUUCCCAAUUCCCUUGGGAACAAUCAUCAGAUUUUCCAGACCCUUUAAACGGGA